GCGGCGGUCAGACUGGCCGGACCCUGCGCUGGCUGCCAUGGGGCUGCUCAUCCCGCUGGUCCCGCUGCUCUGGCUGCGGGGGGUCCUCGGGGGGCCGGGCCUGGACCCCGGCGGGAAGAACGUCUGCCAGACCGGGAGCCUUCCUUCAGAGCCCGUGUGCUGCCCUGGCUGGAGGCAGGAAGGCCGGGAGUGCACCGUUGCCGUGUGUGACGGGGCGGACGCCUGCGGAGCGGAGGAAGUGUGUGUCCGGCCGGGGCUGUGCCGCUGCAAGCCCGGCUACUUCGGGGCCCACUGCGAUGCCCGAUGCCCGGGCCAGUACUGGGGCCCCGACUGCCGGCACAGCUGCCUCUGCCACCCCCACGGCGAGUGCCACCCGGCCAGCGGGCAGUGCUCCUGCCAGCCGUCGCGCUGGGGCCGCCUGUGCCAGUUCCCCUGCCCCUGCGGGGCCCACGGGCGAUGCGAGCGGCUGACUGGGGCCUGCGGCUGCGAGGCGGGCUGGUGGGGCUCCACCUGCAACCGGCCGUGCCAAUGCAACCCCGCGGGCGGCCGAUGCCACGCCGCCCUGGGCACGUGCCUCUGCCAGCCCGGCUGGUGGGGCCGACGCUGCAGCUUCCGAUGCCCCUGCCACGGCUCGCCCUGCGACCCGGACAGCGGCCGCUGCGCCUGCAGGCCCGGCUGGUGGGGGCCCCACUGCCAACGGCCCUGCGACCCCGGGUCCUUUGGGCUCCAGUGCCGGGACAGCUGCGGGCACUGCCAGAAAAGCCAGGCCUGCUCCCCAGACACUGGCGCCUGCCCAGCUUGUGAGCCCGGCUGGAACGGGACCCGCUGCGAUGAGCCGUGCCCCCCCGGCACCUUUGGGGAGAGAUGUGAGCAUUCGUGCCCGCGCUGCCGGCAAGGGGAGACCUGCCAGCCCGACAGUGGGCACUGCCAGCACUGCGACCCUGGCCAGACAGGGCCCAGGUGUGAAGCCCCUUGCCCUCUGGGCACCUACGGAGAAAACUGUAGUUUUGUGUGUCCAGCGUGUGACAAAGGGGCCUGCGAUCCUGUGUCUGGAGAGUGUGUCUGCAACCCUGGCUUCUGGGGCCCUAGCUGCAAUGCCACCUGCCCGGCCGGCUUCCAUGGAGACAACUGCUCCCUCCCCUGUGGCUGCUCGGCAGGGGCCUGCCACCCUGUUUCUGGGGACUGUGAACUGAAGCUCCAGUCCCAGGCUCCCCUCAUCGUGGGCAUCCUGGUCCCUUUGUUGCUGCUCCUCCUCAGCAUCGCCUCCUGCAUCUGCUGCUGUUGCUGGGCCAUGCGGCAGGACCCCAAGGACGGGUCGGCGGGGGACGGCUCCACCGUGUACCGGGUGAAGAUGCAGGUCCAGGGAGCCCUGAGCAGCCUGGCUAGCGCGCUGCCCUGUGGUUCCCUCAGUGGCCAGAAGCUCCCCAGGGUCACAGUCUCUCACCACGACCCUGAGAUCCCCUUCAACCACAGCUUCAUCGAGCCUCCCUCCACCGGCUGGGCCUCCGACGACUCCUUCUCCUCCGAUCCCGACUCGGAGGACGACAAGCCGGAUUACUGCGUGCCACCCCGAGAAGACCCCCCUGCCAGUGGAGAGCCCCCUGGCCCCGAAGAGAGCCCCUUCCCAAACCCCGACGACGCCUCCACGCCCUUCGCCAUCCCGCGCACCUCCAGUCUGGCCCAGGCCAAGCGCCCGUCCGUCUCCUUCGCCGAGGGCACCAAGUUUGGGCCCCAGGACUGCCGGGCCUCCGGGGAGCCGCCCAGCCCCACCAAAAAGCCCAAGAGGCUCUCGCGGAUGGCCCAGGCUGGAGCCGAAGGGCUUGGGGCGGAGGGGCCGGAGGGACCGGAGGGGCCAGAGGGGCCCGAGGACCAGGAAUCUCCCGCCACUGCCUCUCUUCGGGAUGUGGCCAGCGGCCGCAGGCGGCCCUUGGCCGGGGGCCGGACCGUGGCCCAGCGGGUGGAGGCGAUUGAGGGCGGCAGCCGGGAGGCCACAGGCUCGGUGACCACCAUCUACAUGCUGGCGGGGACGCCCCGCGGGGGCGAAGGGCCCGUCCGGGCCGUGCUCCGCCGUUUCGGCAGCUUCCAGCGGGGCCAGGCGGAGGCCAGGCCCAAGCCCAAGGCCAGCAUCCCCAAGCCUCCACGCCGGUCCCUGGCUCGGGAUAAGGGAUCCCCUGCCCCAGCCCCGGGCCCGGAUGUCCCCCGGUAUGAGGAACUGCCGGCCGUGUCGGCCCUCAAACCGGCCGGUUCUGCUCCCAGCCCAGAGCAGGCCGCCGGGGUGGCCUCUGGGGGAGGUCCUGAGCGGGACCCCCAGGACCUGAGGGAGGAGAAGAAGGAGGGGGAAGAAGAGGAGCCCCAGUAUGAGAAUGUGGCCCCCAGUCUUGCCCCUGCAGACCCUUAGGGUCCUUCUGGCUUUUAUGGGUGUGGGGAGGGGGUUGGAGGAGGAGAGACUGAGACAGACCCGUGACUUUGUUCCCAUUUAAGGGUGGGGGAACCGGACCGUCCGCUGGUCUAGAAAACCUUCUCUCUCCCCCAUGGAAUCUCUCCGUGGCCUGGAGUGAGUUGAAUUGUCGGUGGCUGGGGAUGACUAGGCCUUUGUCAUCAUCAUCGUUGACAUUUAUUGAGCUCUUGUGUGCAGAGCACUGUACUAAGC